GUCGGUUUGGAUAAUACGAUCCCGGAAACGUCUUCUGUAUGAUGAUAACAUCAGAGCUAGUCCUUUGAAGCGGGUGGGCAGAGCUACUGAAAUUAACAUCGAGCGAAACGACAGGCACGGCGGACUAAAGACGCGGCGACGCGCGCUUUGUAUGCUCGAGGCUUGGCCUGGCUCGUCUCGGCUAGAGUCCGGCCGUGCUUCUGCACAGCGCCUGCAGCAGUGUGGCGGCCUCUGGGAGCAAUUUUCGCAAGCUCGCACACCAAACGCACCGAAGGUUUUUAGCGCCAUCUAUCCUAAGACAUAGUACUCACGGUAAAAUCACGUGACCAAGAAGCAGUGAUUGGCGCAUGCAUUGACGAUGCUGUAGGCUUUGCUGGCUUUGUGCUUGCCAUUUCUCGUUGCCAUUUUGGUGUUUCGAGCGUUCAGCUUGCACUUCACCCUUAUCGUUUCUUCUGUUUUGGUGCCACGUUUCACCCGUGCGCUUCACCAUGUCUAGAAAGCGUAAAGCGUUAUCGCUGAAAGAAAAACUCGACGUCCUAGCAAAAGUCGACGAAAAUCCGCAGAAGAAACGUAUCGACCUGGCACGCGAACUUUGUUUGCCUGUCUCCACGCUGAGCACGAUCGUCGGCAAGCGAGAAGAAAUUCAGAAGAACAUUCAAGUCUUCGGCGCCGGCGUGAAGCAAACAAGGGGCGCCCAGCAUGGCAAGAUGGAAGAGGUUCUUCUGGCAUGGUUCAGGGAAGUAAGGGCGGCGGGCGUGAACGUGGACGGGACAGUUGUUCGCGAGAGAGCUGAUGAGAUAGCACUCUCGUUGGGCAUCGAAGAUUUUAAAGCUUCGGGCGGGUGGCUCCAUCGUUUUAAAACACGGCAUGGCCUGUCGUAUAAAACCGUUUCCGGCGAAGGGAAGUCUGCCGACCAAGAACAGGUCUCCAACUGGCUUUCGACUCUGCCGGCGGUGAUUGCUCAGUACCAGCCAAGGGACGUGUUCAACGCAGAUGAAGCUGGGUUGUUCAUCAAUCUUCAGCCCGAGAAAAGUCUCAGCAUAAAAGGUGAGACGUGUCAAGGCGGAAAAAAAAGCAAAGAAAGAGUCACCGUAUUGUUGUGCUGCAACGCUGAUGGAACCGAGAAGCUCAAGCCUACUGUCAUUGGCAAAUACUGGAAGCCACGCUGCUUUUCGCGUAACCCACGCCUUCCUGUCACUUAUAAAGCGAAUAAGAAGGCAUGGAUGACCGGAGCCCUUUUCACAGAGUUCCUCACAUUUCUGGAUGCCCGGAUGCGUGCCGCGAACCGUAGAAUUCUUCUGGUUCUCGACAAUUGUGCCGCGCACCCUGUCGAUACUUCGUGGCUGCAAAACGUAAAAGUAAUUUUCCUGCCGCCCAACUGCACCAGCCACUUGCAGCCCCUAGAUGCAGGAAUCAUUAGAAACAUGAAAUUUCACUUUAGGAGCUUGUUGAUCAGACGCUUUUUGGCCAAGAUUGACCGGAAAGAUGCCAGCUUGAAGGUGGAUCUUCUUGAUGCCAUCCAUUUUCUGGCGAUGUCAUGGGAUCGCGUCAAACCUGACAUCAUCGCCAACUGCUUCAAGAAGUGUGGCUUUUUUUGUGCACCUGGCGAUACUGAGGAAAAUGGAGAUGACGGCGCAGAGAUUGACAUCCCGGACUGGGGUGACCUCAAUGUCGACGCGUCUCCGGAAGAGUUUGUAUCGGCGGACGACCAACUGGCGACAUGUGAAUUGCGCACCGUCCAAGACAUCAUUGCAGAUGUUACCGCUGAAAAGGAGAGCGACGACGAUGACAACCAAGACGCCGGAGAUUGCAGCAGCGAUCGUCGGCCAUUAAAUACUGACGGUGCUCUCGAAGCUUUGGACGGGCUUCGUGGCUUUGUCGCGUCUGCGGAGCUCAGCGAGGAAACUGCUACUCGUUUUUACGAGUUCCAGAAAAGCUUGCUGCAGGACCUCGAAAAGCAAAAAGUGCAGCGCAAAGUGACGGAUUAUUUUAAAGUGCUUUAAUAAAAGCAAGU